GAGCCCGACUGUUUUUUACUCAAUCGCACUCCUCCUCUGAAACCAUCUCGGGUGCGCACGGGACGCAGAUUUUUCUCGAUCAGAGGAUGAGAAGCUGAAUAAGAGAACUAUCUCUCUUCAUAAAGGUUUUUGUCGUUUCUGUGGAUAUUAAAACGCGCAAUGGAACAGGAGGAACAGAUAGACUUUCAGGCCCUAAGGGCCAAGUUUCAACAAGAAGAAUUCAUAUUGAAGAAACCCAAGAUAAAACCUGUUCUCCCAGAGAAGCCAAAUGUGGUCUCUCCUCCCCAGAGCCCCAGUCAUUACCUCCCUUCAGGUGCACGCCCCUCCCUGCUGACCACCAUCAAUCAGAACUUGGAAAGAAAGACACUAUUUGCCCCAAGAGUGGUCUUCAAAGAUGAUCUGAAAGAGAGCAAAAAGCCUCUCAUCAACAAUAAAGACAAAAGUGAAGGAAAACUGAAAGGUGGUAAGCACAAAACAUUCAAAGGGAGCAGGGAGAAUCUUCUUGAAGAUUCCGUGGAUCAAAAGAAAGUGAAUAACAAAGACAAGACGCUUCCUUUGGUUGCCCCUGUAACUCAGAAAGAGAGUACAGCAGAGCUGGUGCCAGCCGCACCUCCACCUAAAGUCACAACAGAGAAAAAGAAGCCUUUCAGUCUUUUCAAAAAGCCAAAACGAGAUUCAGUGUUGAUCUCAGCUGAUCCAAUUCUGGACACCCCAAGCUCAGAUAUUGCUGGACCAGCUCCACUCAUCCCAGUGCCUUCUGAAUCCGGUAGGGAAACACUACCUAAUUCAACAUCAGAGCCCCAUCUACCAGACAACCCCACCUUACCAGACCACAGUGCUGAUGUAGAAAUGACCCCAACCUCUACUACUCUUGAAUCUCUUGCCUUCAACCUACCUCCUCCUCUCAUACCUGAGAGCCCAUCACCUGAAAUCCCAAGCUGGAACAGUGAAAUCCCACCUGAAAUAGAAAAUCUCACUUUGCCUGUUUCUAGCCAAGAUGAAGGUAUUACCAGUCCACCCAGUGUCUCUCCACCCCUUCCACCCAGCUGUGUCAUCUCUGGUUCUCCUUCCCUGGUUUCUUCUCCAUCUCCAUCACCCCCUGAGCCUGAGAUUACAUCUGAGAUUGGGAAAGAUGCUAUUUAUAUACCUGCUGUGGAGAAACCUCCUUCUCCAGCCACGAACCCUCCAUCUGUUCCACCAUCUCCCAAACCAGAGCGUCCAGUCUCAGCACUCUCUGCCCUGGAGAGAGCAGAGGAUAUGAGUCCUGGAAGAAGAACACCACCAGGUGACCAGAGGAUUUUCAAUGCUCUACAGAAGGCACGCAAGAAGACCAACAGCCCCUUGAUAAGUGACAUCCACUCCUAUUCUGUUACCCCUCCACCUGAGGAAUCCUCCCAGUGUCAGAGCCCCACUGAAAGUCUCCCAGAACUCCCACCCAUUGAUUAUGAAGAUCUAAGUGCCCUCCUAUCGAAACCAGCACCAGUUAACGGCAUUGACCACCAGUUAUACAAGAACAACUUCCACAGUGGGUUUGACUGGUUUUGUUUCCGACAGCUCUCUCCCCCAUUGCAAGACAUCACUGAGGGACCUGACCCUGUCUCAGAGCUGCUGGUGAUUCCCCCGCCUCCACCCAAGAUGACUAUUUCAGAUAAUGGGCCUCUGAAUUCUUCUGUAGAGGAACCUGCCAUACUUAACUCUGCCAGCUUGAGUGAAUUCAUUCCUCCACCUGUCAUGGAAGUUAAUGAUGUCCCUGCUCCACUUGAGUUUUCAGAGACCUACACCCCUGAUGUCCCAGAAGUUAACAAUGUGGCUUCAGACGUUCCUAAUCUGAAGCUGCAGGGAUCAGAGUUGGAGUAUGAGAUGUACCCAGGUCCAGAUGUUACAGACGGUUUUGACCCGCCAAAGGUUCACAGUAAUGGGAUAACCGUUCCGCAAACCGAGAUCCACACAGAGACACCAUAUGGAGGCAUAUCCCAAAUGAAUGAACUACCAGAAUCAUCUCAUGCUCUCAAUCGGGACUUACAACAGGCGUCAGAGCCCCAACCAGAAAACGAUGUUUAUCAGAGCACAGAAAAUGUGUACGAGUAUAUCGCCACACCUGAUGGUGACAAGAAAAAAGUCAAGACUAAAGUCAAGAAACACAAAGAGCCAAAGAAUCCAUAUGUUGAGUCAAUGCCAGUAACGGUUCAAGAGAAAACCAAGACGGGGAGGUUUGGCAAGAGUGAAAAGAAGGCAGCUGCAGAGGGGCCUGAUGAGAAAGAGCUGAAAAAGAAAGAAAAGCAGCGGCUAGAAAAGGAGAAGAAGGAGCUAAAGGAGAAACAAGAACGGGAAAAGAAAGAACAGAAAGAGAGGGAAAAGAGGGAGAACGAGAUGAAGAAGAAAUUCAAGAUCACAGGACAGGAGGAUGCCCUUUACCAGGCAAGAGUGGUUGUAACUGCAAAGGGACGAAAGACUGAUCUCCCCGUCAAGGCAGGAGAGACAAUCAGCAUUAUCCGAACAGCAAACUGCCCCAAAGGAAAGUGGCUGGCCAGAGACAGCAGCAACAGCUAUGGGUAUGUCGCAGUUGAUCAUGUGGAGCUGGACAUCAAGGAGAUGUUAGAGCUGGGAAGGAAAACUCUUCCCAGGUCUAAAAAUAACUUUACCGAACCAGACGGUACCCGCAUGAUUUCACAUGUCUCAAACCAUUAUCAAUUACCAGGAGAAAGCUUCACAGACGACAGUGAGGAGUGGAGUGGCGAUGAUGAUGAACCUCUCUCUAGUCCUACAAGUACACAGGCUGUACAAGGUCAUAACCGGACAUUCUCCAUGCCAGAUGUGGGAAACAAAGACCUUAGCGUAAACCACCAGCACAGUCACAGUGACAUGGGUCAUGAUAGCUCCCACAACCAAGCACUUCAGAAGUUGUCGACAUUUUUCCGUUCACAAAAAUCUCCGGAGCCAGCUGCAAGCACCAAUGAACCAGUAACAAGCAAUACAUCUGUGCUGGAAGAAGCACCUCAUGUUCCUGCUGAACAACAAACAAGUUACACUGCAGGUUCUGUGAAUGUGGCAGAAGAAGCAAAUCACACGCCUGAGGCUGUGUCAGCAGAAGUUACAGAUUUUGUUGCUGAUACACUCAUUUUACCUCCUCCUGUCAUGUAUGCCGAUGGAGCGGAGUGAAGCUGAACAGAAACUCCCCCCAGGUGGAACUGCAUUUGUCUGCAGCAUUACCUGUUGGACUAUGAUCUUAUUUAUCCAAUGACUGCAUUCGUGGAGUAGAAUUACGUUUAACAACAAUGAGAAUUAUAUCAUCUGGGCAAACGGAAAUCUUUCUUCUGUUCUUUCAAACACUGCAAUGUGGAACCAGCAUGGGACAGUUGAUCUGCUUGCUUUAAGUGAUCACGGUGAACUGCUUUGCACAGACACACACAGUAUUUGUGGACACUGUGAUCCUGGAAACUCUCGUAGGGACAAUGAACUGCUUUCUGUGCAAAAACCAGAAUGGAAAAUAUAUUUAAAGUGGAGGAAAUAAGGAAAGAACAACGGAAUGGAAACAGCGGUUUUUCUUAUCAGAUGGAAGUGUUUGUAGCUAAGGAAUAUUGGAAAAAGCUUCCUUUGCUUUUUUUAUCAUGCCAUUUAAAAAAGUUGUUUGUAUUAGAUUUUUUGCACAUAAGUUUUUGCUAAUUUGUAAUUUGUACACUCAUUACUUUUUUCAGUGUCAGUUGUGGUAUAUGGAAGGGAUUAUGUAACUACUCAUGCUACAAUACAUAUGACCUUUGAGUUUGACUUCUUUGUCAUUGGACCCAAAUAACCAGCAUGCUGUGUAAUAUAAUAAGUAUAAAUGGUAGUAUUUGCUCUGUAUUAAACAUAGCUGCAACUUCUA